AUGUCGGACUCUCCGGACGGUUCAGAUUCUGUCGGUGAUGCUGGUGACGACGAACAGCUCACUAUCCGUAUUCCCAACCCCAAAAUGUAUAUGGCACGCCAAUCCGGAUGGAAAGGUCGAAGAGGUAAACCGCGAUGGUUCUACCCGUAUGCAACCAUUGCUCGUGGGCCAAUGGAAGAGAGUGUAAAUACACCCCUUUGCCAACUCCCGCCCAUCGCGGUAUACCAAGGUGCGAUCGAUUGCGACAGGAAUCUGCCUGUUUGCAACCAUUGUACUGAAGAUGACGAUCCUGAAUGUAACUAUACCCCGAAACGACGCCACAAGGCACCUACAGACCAGGCAUUCAUCAAGGAUGCAGCAGCAACUAUGCCGAACGGAGCUAACGCAGCAUCAUUCUUGGUAUCAGACCUCAAUACAGGGGAAGAACUGCUUACUUCUGACGUGGACGGGCAUAGCUUUUAUGGUCAAAAUGUCGCGGGCCCCUCUCGCGGCGGCGAGCCUUUGAUUUCUGCAGCACAUAUCCUUGAGGAUCCCCAUCCACCGAAGCAGAGGCGGUCCCAGCGAGGAGAUGUAGACGAAGCAUGGUACAAUGCUGGAUCUACAUCCGGACGCCAUUCCAACGUAUCAUUUAUAUCCCACUCCUUCACCUCUGACCAUGGGUCGAUUGUUCACAAAUCGUUGAUCAAGCCUUGGAUUAGUCCUGAAUUUGCUCCCCUGCCGGCGCCUGUUUUGGAUUGCAUCGCUCAGGUAAACUCUGUGGAAAUGCCGAGUCGGCCUGCUUUUGAAGAAGGCCUGCGAACCUUUCUGGUGGAGUUGCCACCAGAGUUAUUGGAAACGGCCGUUUUUGCUCCUGAUACCUACGCGACUUUGGCUCGUUUUGUGACUAAGGGCGAAGACAGUACGCUCUCGGAACGCUUACGAGUAUGGAUCAGAAUACAUCGCGUCCAGUCAGGUUCAGCCAAGUCCCACCUGCUCUUAAUUCCCAGGGACGCUUUCUUCCAUCUAGAUAACGAAGAGAUGUUGCGAGAGGAAUACGUAGCUCGUGUCGAUGAUUCCUCAAGUGCCAAAGGCAAACAAUCUCGAGCUCCCGCCAAUGGUCACGGCACCGAAUACGAUCUCACUGAUACUGUGGCUUUUGAACGUAUCCCAGUUCAGAGUCAGAUUUACGAUAUCCUUGUGUACUCCCAUCGGUCUCAUGGCUCGUCUCCAUCCAUGCUAUUUGAAGCGCGACGCAUCGGCGUGGCUUGUAUCACUUGGCCUAUGGCCGAGAUAUUUAUCGGCUUAUGUCCGCUUUGCAACCUACGGAACAAGUCCAUCAACUCUCAAAAUACGAAAGCUGAUUCUGCCAGUGCACAUGCGCCCAUAGGUGAAAGCUCGCACGGAGAUGCAACAUUGUCUUGA